UUUCUCUCUCUCACACACAGAGAUUUGUUCAGGAACUCAGUUGCUAUCGAAGAGCCGCAAACAGUAAUUAUGAUCAGUUAAGGGGUGCUAAUUAACACUUGUAGCUGAGCGGGGGAGAGAGAAAGUGAGAGAGAGAGAGAGAGAGAGAGAGAGAGAGAAGGAAAGAGAGAUCUCCAAGGACUCCGUGAUGUGCUUCUCCCUGUGGCAGCUCCCCACCUCCCCAGCAGAUGCUCUUGAGACAGGCAGGGCAAAGAGGAAUCUGGCAGGGCGGAAAUGGAGAUGAAAUGGGCAAUGCUCAGAAAGAAUGCUCUCGCUUUAUUGCUCUUGACACUCACCAGCUUCUUAACAGAUCUCAUCUCUGGCCAGUCACACACCCCUCCUCGCCAGGUGAACGGGGUCCUGGGAGGUUCGGUGGCCCUCUCUGUGAACAUUGGUCCACAGGCCAAGUUGAAGGAGAUCGAGUGGAGCUACCGGGCUGGAUCUGGCCCAGCGCUGCUGGUGGCUUUGUUUCGGGAUGGGAAAUUCGAACGGCCUGAUCCUGGUGACCGGUUUAAGCAGAGGAUAGAAAUGUACAAUGAGACGCUCAGAAUCAAGGCAUUGGAGCUGAAUGACAGCGGUGUCUUUGGGGCUCGAGUGAAGUUAUUCCCAGCUAUCGUUGAGGAUCAGAUCUUCCGCCUCAUGGUCUAUGAACCUGUCUCUACUCCGCGGAUACAGAGCCAGCUGGUCUCCAGCACGUCCAAGUGGUGCAAUGUGACGCUCCAGUGUCUCUCUCCGGGAAAGGAACAGGUCAACGUCACUUGGAGGAAAGGAAACCCGAUCCGGGAUCUGGGGAGCUCCGACAGAUACCAGGUCUCCCCUGACGGCAAGACUCUCCGCCUCUCGCUGCUGCCUGCCUCCCUGAACACCACCUAUUCCUGCACGGCCAGCAACCCCAUCGAGCACAAGAUCGUGUCCUUUGACUUGCAAAGGAUCUGCCAGAGUGGAGCCGAGGCGUCUUUCUCCAAGUCAGGCUACGUCGUCCUGACCUUCGUCCUGCUAGUGCUGAGUCUUGGGGCUGCCUUCUGGUGCUGGAGGAUCAAUAAUGAAAAAUCAGCAGAAGCUGUUACCAUUCCAACUGUGCAAGUGGAGGAGAGCCCAUCUGACCCCCAGUAUGCAGAGAUCCUUCGGAGGAGCCCCCCAGAAGGUAACAAUAAGUCCCUAGGUCUCCGGGAAAAUAAUGCAGAGAGAAGCCCCCAGAAAGAACGGCUUGUCACCACUAUUUACGACCAGAUCCGAAGGACCCCGGACAAUUCUUCUGAAGAAGUCACAUAGGCCUGCAGGAUCCAGCAAGAGGGAUUUUGUCAAGAAACAUCACCUUUGCAGGGGCCAAAAACCAAAUGAUGUGCCAAACCCUCUGAGCACCACUUGGGACUUGCCAAGGCUACGUUUUGUUUUUGUUUUUUGGCACAGAAGAGAAGAGAAUAUUUCACAGGCAAAAUUCUCUUUCUUUCCUUUUAUUGUGAAACCUUAUUUUCUGCUACAAGUCCUCACUCCAAAUUUACUAGAAGUCCUCGCUCUGAAAUGGCCGGAAAGCCCUCACUCCAAAGUGGCUUGAGAAUAUCUUGCUGAAGCUGAACCCUGGAAGGGAGAAUGAUCCAAGGCUUUCUAAACUAUGGAGCAAACUAUUCUCCAAAAGAUCAGUCCAUACAAUGGAGUUUUCCGCCAUCCUCAAAAGACAGCAAAGAGGGAUGUGGAGUCUUGAGAUAUCCACCCAGGGAAAAAUUGGGCAGAUUGGCAGAGACUGAAAGAAUGCCCACCACUCUUCUCCUGAAAUGGAAGCCAUUGUGGGCAGCAGCAACAUGUAACCAGAACCAUUCUAAGAUGCAAUUACAUGGCUAAAAGGAAGACUCUGCUCUUGGAAUGGACAAGAUGUCAAUAAAUAAAUAUUCAGACUUACGUCCCAUAAAUGUUUUAGUAAGCCCAUCCAUGGCUGUUUUUAAGAAAGAGAGAGACCGUCUAUGAAUGGAUGCGACCUCAUGCUCAGGAUAGCAUCUGACAUCCAACUGCUAGACCUGAAUCUCUCCUUAGGUGUCACAAUAGACUUCCCUUUGGGCUGCUCUGCGUAAGAGGGCAGUGGACUCUUGACUGUGCUAGCAAUCCUGACCUUGUGCUCACGAUGUAUCAAAGUAAAUAUGAAAGCUAAACUAGCACUCCUAUGUUCCAGUUUUAAACAAAACUAAAGGAAGGUGAUGCUGCCACUGAUUGAUCAUCCUGAAUGAUGCAAUUCAUGAACUGGGACUGGAAUGAAGAUGGGUUUCUGCUUAUGGGAAAGGGAUACAACAGGGUAUGUUUCCACAUCAACACGGUGAAGGAAAGAGUCCUAGCUCAGGGACAGAACACCUGCUUUGCAUGCAGAAUGCCCCAGGUUAAACCCACAAUAGCAUCUCCAAGUAGACCUCGGAAUGUCCCCUCCCUGAAUCCCAGGAGAGCUGCUUCCAGCCAGUGUAGACAGUCCUCAGCUAGAAGGACCAAUGGUCUGACUCAGCAGUUUGCAGCACUUGGGCAAAGCCAUGUCUCAGUGGUAGAACACCUGCUUCACAUGUAGAAGGUCCCAGCUUCAACACCUGAAUGCAUCUCCAGGUAGGGCUGGGGGGAAAGACCC